GGCACCGAGUCACCGGGCAUGUCAGCGGGCACCGAGCUAUCUAGCAGAACCGUGGGUACCGGGUCACCAAGCUCGACAGCGGGCACCGAGUCAACUGGCAUGACAGCGGGCACCGAGUCAUCAAGAAUCAGGUCAUGUGGCUCAACAGCAGGCAUUGGGUCCUCAGGCAUCAGGUCAUCUGGCUCGACAGCAGGCACCGAGUCAACUGGCAUGACAGCGGGCACUGAAUCAUCAGGCAUCAAGUCAUCUGGCUCAACAGCGGGCACCGAGUCAACUGGCACCGAGUCAACUGGCACGACAGCGGGCACCGAGUCACCGGGCAUAACCGUGGGUACUGGGUCGCCAAGCUCGACAGCGGGCACCGAGUCAACUGGCACGACGGCGGGCACCGAAUCAUCAGGCAUCAAGUCAUCCAGCUCAACAGCGGGCACCGAGUUAAAUGGCACGACAGUGGGCACCGAGUCAACUGGCACCGAGUCAACUGGCACGACAGUGGGCACCGAGUCAACUGGCACGACAGUGGGAACAGAGUCAACUGGCACUGAGUCAACUGGUACGACAGUGGGCACCAAGUCAACUGGCUGAACCACGGAAGGCGGGUUCUCAGACGACAGGCUGACCG